CGAAGAAAAACCGGUAGAUGGCCAGAAGAAUUCCCCCCAAGUGCGGAACGCCUGUACUUAAGCCGCCAUUCGCCAGAAGAUGCGAUCAGUUGUUAUAGCGACGAGCAGCUGAGCAGAUCAGAUCGUAAGUGCAAAAUAAGAUGAGACCAAUUCAGGCUGUUUUCGUUCUAGUGGCCGCUCUGCUGCUCCUGGAGGUGGCUCCCAUUGAGGCGAAGCGCCGCAAGCACAAGGGCUCUGACCACCACCACCACCAUGACAAGUCCGACUCCCAGAAGACCAAGACCAAGACGAAGUGGUCCAGCUCCACGGACCUGGCCAGCAACACUCAGGUAUCCACCGAGGAGCACGGCUACUACGUGAAGCGCACCUACGCUCCUCAGGCCGAUGCCCAGGGCAGCAGCCGGAUGAGUCCCCCCUUCCUGGCCAUUCCCAUUGCCUGGUUCAGCUGCGACCAGGGCCAGAAGGAUUGCCAGGCCACCAACUCGGCGGCGAUCAACAGCGCUGCCCAGUCCCUUCAGGAGGGGUACCUCUGCGACGACGACUGUGUGGAUCUGUACGAGCCAGUGUGCGGCAGGACCGCCAAUGAGGUGGCCGUCUUCUACAAUCAGUGCAAGCUCAACGUGGCCAAGUGCCGCUCCCAUGGCCUUUGGUCCGAGCUGGCCUAUGCCGAUUGCCAGCAAACCUAUCCCAAGGAAACGGCCUGUGCCGACAAGAAGUUCAGGAGUUCGCCCUAUUUCCGUGACAGUGCCACCGUGGAGAAAAUGAACCAGGAGAAGGAGAAGGAGGAAAAGAAAAAGCAGGAGAAGGAGAAGGACAGCAGUGACAGCAGCGAAGAGAAGGAAGACAAUAUUUCGCCCAUUGCUCUUCCCCUGCCCCAGAAACCAGUUGAAGACGAGGCAUCACCUUCGGUUGCAGCUUCACUUCCUGAACCUGUCCCGGUGGCCGUAUCAACCCCCGUGAAGACCUCCGAAGAGAUUGCCGUGCCACCCAUGCCCAUGAAGGACACUCAAUCCCCAAAACCCUUGGUGAUCGCCAUGGCUGAGGCCGCUCCAGUGACAGAACAGAGCCAGCCCAAGGCCGACAACGAUAGACUCAAGUAUACCGUAGCUUAAAAGAAAAAUCUCACUUAAAAGUUAAUAUUUAUUUUAAUUUAAACAAAUA